CUACACACAAAGGUUAAAGGUGCUCCGUGUAAACCUGCAGAUCCUCCGACCGCUCUGUUGUCCUUUUGACCCUGACCGUUCAUCCAAACGCAGUAAAGCGGAAACAACAACGGGACCGGGUCCAGCAGCAGGGCCAGAUGCCACAACAAAGGCGUGUGAGACGUUGUCCCACCUCUUUAAGCCUCUUAGUGCCUGUAAGUCUGCCUGCCUGCCUGCAGCCGGCCUGCAGGGCUGCCGUUGGCCCUGAUCACACCGUGAUGAUUUAAUCCCUCAGUGGAAAAGGUUAGCUCUCCUUCUCUCAGGCUUGUCACCCUGCCAGCCGCAAAUGCACAGAGAGGAAGACCAGAAGAAGAUCUGGAGGGCGAUGGAGGAGCUUCUGUUACCGAGCGGCGAGGAGGAGACCCUCUCCGAGAACAGUUCGCAUGUUCCCGGGGACGCGGGGAGGACGGUGGAGGACCAAAUGAAGAAUUUUGUCAAGGCGACGGUGAAGGAGGACCUGAGUAAGAACGUGAGGGAUUUCUUUAAGAGGAACGGGCUGCUGACGCUGUCGGUCAUCGCCGUGGCCACGGGCUGCAUGCUGGGCUUCAUGCUGAGAGGAACUCACCUGUCCACACAGGCAAAGAUCUACUUCUCUUUUCCCGGAGAGCUGCUAAUGAGGAUGCUGAAGAUGCUCAUUCUUCCCCUCAUCACGUCCAGUUUGAUGUCGGGUCUGUCGUCGAUGGAGUCGAAGGCGUGCUGUCGUAUCGGCGUCCUGACCGUCACCUACUACCUGUGGACCACCUUCAUCGCCGUGGUCGUCGGCAUCGUGCUCGUCCUCAUCAUCAAACCCGGCGUGGGGACGGAGAUGGAGAGUCACCGGCUGGGAGCGGGGCCCGUCAUGACCUCGGCCGACGCCCUGCUCGACCUCAUCAGGAACAUGGUUCCCUCUAAUAUAAUCGAGGCCACGUUUCAGCAGUACAAAACGGACCUGGUUCCCAUCCUCAAAGUCCCGACCAGAACCAUCCAGCCAAACUUCGUGUACGUGGUCCCCCACGAGAGCGGCCCCGAAGGUCGCACGGUGUACCUGGAGCUGACGCCGCCCCCAGAGAUCAUGUACAAGACGAGUCCCGGCAGCAGCCAGCAGAUGAACGUCCUCGGCAUCGUCAUCUUCUCCGCCACCAUGGGCCUGUUGCUGGGCAGAAUGGGAGAGCGAGGAGCUCCACUGGUCAACGUCUGUCAGUGUAUCAACGAGUGCGUAAUGAAGAUCAUCAACGCUGCCGUCUGGUACUUUCCGUUUGGGAUCAUCUUCCUGGUGGCGGGGAAGAUCCUGGACAUGCAGGACCCGAGCACGCUGGGGAGGAAGCUGGGCUGGUACGGCAUCACGGUGCUCGCCGGGCUCUUCGUCCACGGACUCAUCCUCCUCCCUUUCUUCUACUUCAUCCUAACCAGGAAGAACCCCUUCUCCUACAUCCGCGGGCUGCUGCAGGCCAUGGUGAUCGCCCUGGCCACCUCCUCCAGCUCUGCCACUCUGCCCAUCACCAUGAAGUGUUUGUUGGAAAACUGCCACGUCGACCGGCAGAUCGCGCGGUUCGUCCUCCCUGUGGGCGCCACCAUCAACAUGGACGGCACAGCGCUGUACGAGGCCGUGGCGGCCAUCUUUAUCGCUCAGGUUAAUGACUACGAGCUGGACUUCGGCCAGUUGGUCACCAUCAGCAUCACAGCCACAGCCGCUAGCAUCGGUGCAGCGGGGAUUCCUCAGGCCGGUCUGGUUACCAUGGUGAUCGUACUGACAUCCGUGGGCCUGCCGCCAGAUGACAUCACACUCAUCGUGGCCAUCGACUGGAUCCUCGACAGGUUUCGGACCAUGAUCAACGUUCUGGGCGACGCUCUGGCGGCGGGAAUCAUCGGCCACCUCUGUCGGAAAGAUUUCCCCCUCAGUGAAGCAGGAAAAAAUGUACCGUCUUACGGCACUCAGACUCCUCACAACAACUCCCACAGCGUAGACGUGCCAAUGACGGAGAUCCACACGCACAAAGACUGCAUGUUCGACUCACCGGGCGAGAAGCACGCGCACACCGUCUACUACAACAUCUGCCAGGUGUGA